UUAUAUGAUACGCAGUAUAUGUAGAAUGAAGGUGUGUAAUAUCUGGCUGCUGGGGGCUCUGUGUAUCUUAUCAACUUUAAUUAUUGUCAACACAUCAGUUAACACCAGUCGUGAACCAAAUGUCAAAAACACCACUCAAAGUUCAACCUACACUACUGCAUAUCCGAGUUGCAAGGUGGUGGACGGCUGUAGAACACAAAUACUCAGCAGCAAUUGUUGUUCACAUACACAGGUAGAUCAAAUGGAAGCAUGGUGGCAAGUAGAUCUAGAGGAACUUAUAAUGAUGGAACACGUCAAAAUAUAUUACAGAGAUCAAGGGGAAAAAGAUCAUGAGCAAAGACAACGAUUUGGUGGCUAUCAAAUAUACCAGUCGAACACUUCGGAUUGGCGGAACGGUUACCUUUGCCAUAAAGACACAACACCAACGGCGGCUGCGUUGUCAUUGACUCCCCAGAUCAAUUGUACAGGUAGCGCCCAGUACCUGACGAUAUACAGCGACAGACGGUCAGAAAGUCUAUCGUGGUACUCUAAUAAUUCAUUUCUGGAGCUUUGUGAGGUAGAAGUGUACGGUUGUCCACUUGGGAAAUAUGGUGAUGGUAACUGUGAUUCAAAUUGUGAAGGGUGUGCCAAUGGUCUGUGUGAUCCAGUGACCGGAAAAUGCGCAUCGUGUAUUCCCGGGUAUUAUGGUGGCCAUUGCAAUCAGACGUGUCUGUUCAACUGUAAAGACAACCGAUGUAUGCAAAACAAUGGAGAGUGUGGAGCAUGCAAACCUGGAUAUUUUGGUGGUACCUGUAACACAAGCUGCCCGUCAAAUUGCAAAGGGGAUAUAUGUUAUCAGACCAGUGGAUUAUGUACAGCAUGUGGACCUGGUUUCUUUGGACAAAAUUGUAAUAUGUCAUGUUCUGGUCAGUGUAACAAUGAUGAAUGCCAACAGAAUAACGGAACGUGCAAAGUUUGUACGAGUGGAUUUUUUGGACUUGACUGUGAAGAGGAAUGUGGGCAGUGCAGUGCUGUGUUAUGCAGUAGGUCUGACGGCCAAUGCUUAUGCAGCGACAAGACACACGGGAAAUGUGGGUGUAAAAAUGGCUGGGAAGGAGAGAAGUGCACUACAAAAAAGGUGAUGUCAGUGUUAGACGACCAAACUGGAACGUACGCUGGGAUUGGUGUUGUAGCAGUGAUUGUGAUUGUUCUUGUUGUUAUAGCAACAGUCAUCAUCCUUAGAAGGAAACGAUUACCAAAACACAAAAAAGAAAAUCACCUUGAAGGCAGAGACAAGGCAUUUGCAAAUGUAGAGUCUUUACCAAUCCCGUUUGAAACGCCAGACAAUCAAUCAAAAAGUGCAGAUGCUACAAGUGAAGACAGGCAGGUUUACGUGAACGUACAUUACAUUGACCCAAAAACUGAUGACGACGUCGUGUAUAACAACGUUGACGUCGCCGGUGUCCCAAUUCAUGAACUGCGGUCUAUCAUCGAUAGCAAAAUUCUAAAUGAAGCGGCAGCAUUUCAAGAGGAAUUUCAGACUUUUCCAAGAAGAGCGGUACACCCGCACGAGGCAGGUAAAAAGACAUCAAACACACCAAAGAACAGAUUCAAGACAGUUUUCCCAUAUGACCAUUCCAGAAUCCAUCUAGAUACAAUCGGCAAGGACAUCGAUACCAGCUAUAUCAACGCAAAUUAUAUCGAUGGUAUUGAAAACGAAAAAGCGUACAUUGCCUGUCAAGGACCGAAGCCAAACACUAUGGACGACUUUUGGAGGAUGGUGUGGCAGGUGAAUUCUGGGAAGAUUGUUAUGCUGACAAACCUCGAAGAGGGUCGCAAUGUAAAAUGUCACAAAUACUGGCCUGAUGAAGGAGAAUCACUUGUAACACCGACAUUUGAGCUCAAACUUGACAGAGAGAUGACCUAUGCCUUCUAUGUCGUCCGUGCUAUUUCAAUCACCAAUAAAAAGAUAAAUGAAGAGCGUCAGGUCCAUCAGUUUCACUUUACGAAAUGGCUCGACCAUGAAACUCCGGACACGUUGGAGCUCGUCCUCUUUGACCGCCGUGUGACGUCAUACAGAACACAACUGACGGGACAGAUGAUUGUACACUGCAGUGCUGGCAUUGGGAGGACUGGGACUUUUAUCGGUUUAAAUGCGUUGCUUUCUCGUGGCAAGAAAACAGGAAAAGUUGACAUCCCCAGGUACAUUGGAACCAUGAGAAAUGGCAGAAUGAACAUGAUCCAGACAUAUGAACAGUACAUCGCCUUGCACGAAUUACUUGUAGAAGGAUUCAAUUUACAAGAAUCACUCAUUGUUCGAGUGAAUUUCCCUGCUGUCCUGGCAACAAUGUGUCCUACUAAUACACCAGCGAAUCAGACAAAGAUCCAUCAGGAAUUUAAGACGUUAACAGCACUUACUCCAGCCUACUCGCCAAGUUGUUUUAAGGCUGCAUUAAUGGCAGAAAAUUUAGAAAAGAACCGGAAUAAUGACAUCCUAGCAGCGGACAAGUUCAGACCCUUUCUCCAGUCACAAUUACCGAAGGUGACAGAUUACAUCAAUGCUGUAAUGAUUCAGUCACACACUUCGAUGUCGGGGUAUCUGAUGACACAGUUUCCUCUAAUGGACACCAUUGAUGACUUCUGGACAAUGGUGUUUGACUACAGCUGUGAAAACAUCGUCGUCCUCGGAAAACCAACAGAUAAAGAGGAUUGGCUUUUAGAGGAGGGCGGAGACUUUGCAGCAGGAAAUGCCAUUUCAGUAACAAAAAUGCAGGAUCGAUCUCUAGACACCGAGUUGGCUAUUGUAGACUACCAAGUUGAAAGGGAGCGAUCCGGCAGUGAAAGUAAGACUAUCAUGAUUUUUAGUCUGUCCCAGUGGUCAUCGGACUCUUUACUGCCUCCAUCUGACUCGUCUCUUCUCCAACUUUUGGAACAGCUAGACAGUCGGCGACGUUCAGACAACACAAUACCUGUUGUUGUCAUGUGUCGGGACGGAUGUACACAAAGUGGACUGUUCUGUUGUAUAUCCAAUAUCAGAGAUCAAAUGAAGAUGGACGAGGAGGUGGACAUAUUCCAAACAGCAAGGCGGUUGAAAAAGCGGCGACCAGAGGCGCUAGAAAAUGUUAAACAAUACCAGUACUGCUACAACAUUCUGGGGCUAUAUCUGGAUUCAAUAGACGUAUACGUCAAUUGAACAAAACGCAAUGCGUGUUUAGUGCUAUACGCCAAAUGUAUAUAGAUUCGCAUCAACUGAAAAUAAUCAAAUGAGUACAUGCACAUUGCUACACUUAAUAGGUUGGCUUUGAUUGAGUCCCUGCAUCUUCAAAGAAGGCUUUCAAAUAGUUGCAUCCUCUCUUCAUUGUUUCAGUGAUUAUCAUAAACAGCCCUCAUAUAGUGAUAUCCUUCACGUGUGUAUAUCAUUUUAUAUACAUGUACAGUAAAUGUUCCCAACUGCUCAAAUAUUAAUUGAAUACAACCAACAUUGGUUGUGGCAUGGCAAUGGAACAACAUAUUUGUUUAAUUCAACAGAUUUGCGUUUCAACUGAACAAAAACAUUGUGUAUUGAAUAUAAUCAUGCUUGAUGUAAAGAGUAAAGAGCGCAUAUAAUUAUUCGUCUGAAUACAAAACUCAAUAUGAUUAAUUACUGUAUAUGCAUAAUUUUAUCAAGAAAGUGUUUCCCAUAUAACACCAUUAGAAUAAUUCACUGGAACAGUUUACGCACAAGACUUUGAAUUUCCAUUUAUUAGUAUCGAAUGUCUGUUAUACUGAUAAGGCAUUUGCAUGCAUCUGUGUUUUACUUCAGG